AGAAAUGAAUCGCAUGAAGGCAAGAAGUCGAAGAGGUCGCGCUAAUGGUUUUUAUACCGAAGAAGAAAGCCCGUCAAAAUCAUCUGAUUCAACGUCGAAAGGUGCAGAAGAAUAUCAGAUAUUGCAUCGAGUCCAUCCACCACCGUCAUCAGAAAAUUCAGCUGAAAUGUCGAGGCACAAGGAAUCGAAAUUUAUCCAUCGAGAAGAAAAGGAAGCGCACCAAAACAAAGAGAAGAACGAAGUUGUUUUGAAAAGAAAGACAACACAUUUGAGAGUCCUAGCGGUUGUUGUCCUUUUCUGUCUGAUUAUUUUCGCGCUUGUAGCACCGGUCGGGUCGUCCAUUGACGUUUGAGUAUUAAAAAAUAAGAUGCUUUACUAGAUAACAAGAAUACAUGGCGGUUGGAAUCAACUAUCAACUUACCUGCCAAAAAUUUGAUGUUUCGAAUGACAUGUGUAUGUGGACGUCAAAUUUCUUUCCGACUUUCUGGUCAUGCUUUCAGCCGUUUGUACGGUCGUUUGCAGAAGAUUUACUCAAAACUUAUCUGCUACCAUCUUAGAUCGGUCGAAUUGAAAUACAUAUAAGUCAGUUGUGAGAUUGAACGAUCUUGCGAAUAGAACCAUUUGCAAUUUAUUUUGACUUUCGCUUUAGAACUUGUGGAUCGAGCUUUACGUGCAUCACGCUAAGUUGCUGAAACGUGUUUCGAAAUCACGAUUUUGAACAACUCUCAUGUUUUUAGCUAUACGUAUGGGUUUUAUUUAGAUAAGGUUAAAGGAGCUUUUAUGGUAUUAUGUGUAUACUUUACCCAAAUAUUGUAAUUAUUGAUUUUAUUUAAGGAAUUGUUGCAAUUUUCCA